AUGGGAGAAGUGUCAAAAGCUGUUGCUACCUCGCGAAGUCUCUACGCACGCUGGUGUGAACUCGUACACGAUCCCGAUGCCGUUUCCAAGGAGGAGGUUGACUGGACUACGAACGAACUACGAAAUAGCAUACGAAGCAUUGAGUGGGACCUAGAGGAUCUGGAUGAGACGAUAGGUAUCGUCGAGAAGAAUCCGAGGAAAUUCAAGAUAAGCGAAGCCGACGUGGAGGAGCGGAAGAGUUUCGUCGACCAGACCAGGCUCACCGUCAAA